UCACUGCUCUCACCGUCGUUCAUAUAGCAGAGCACCGGGGGAUGGAUUGAAUGACGCUAAGCAUGGAUCCCAUUGAAGAAAAAACGAGCAAAACGGUCGACAUAUAUCGUGAUACAUGGGUCCGCUUCCUAGGCUACGCCAAUGAGGUCGGGGAGGCUUUUCGUGCUCUGGUCCCAGUGAGUUUGGUUUGGGGCAGCUAUGCGGUGGCCACUGUGUACGUUACUGCUGAUGCUGUGGACAAAGGGAAGAAAGCAGCUGUGGCCCACGGCGACAACCCAGGGAAGACGACGCGGGUAGCGGUGGCCGUGGUUGACACGUUUGUGUGGCAGGCCCUCGCCUCUGUGAUCAUACCGGGCUUCACCAUCAACCGAGUGUGUGCUGCGUCACUGCACCUACUGGGCAAAACAACAAAGUGGCCCCUGCCCGUCCGCAAGUGGACCACGACAGCUAUAGGCCUCUCUACAAUCCCCUUCAUCAUCACUCCUAUUGACAGGGGGGUGGACUACCUUCUCGACUCGAGCCUUCGGAAGGUCUUCAAUGAGGAAGAGAAGCAGGAAUAAGGACGGAUCAUGGGGGACAGAUUGUCCCCUCCUGGUACUAGAAACCCCUCCAGUCGACGUAGGCCUGUUCUUGUUGUCCAUCAAUGUGAAGAGCACUAAAGAAGGGUGAAGAAGAAUUUCAUGGAGCAAGGCUCCACAGUUGGUCACAAAUACCAUUAAUAAAGUAGAUUUUAGUACAAAAUUAUACAAUUUAUAUAAGUAAGUUGAAAGGGAAUUCCUGCUUCAUGAAAUAUCUCCUUGUGGUCCUUAACUUGAACCUCUCUGGGCAAUCAGGAAUAUAACAGUAUGAAAUAUGUUUAAAUAUUCACAGUGAAAUCCUUCUUCUUAAAGUAUUAUCCGGCAGGGACGCAGUGUGCUGUUAUAUUCCUGUGAUCCUCCUUACAGAAAAAAGCCUCCAAGGUUGCCCUCAUGGUUUAGAGUAAUACAUUCACCUCAUGUCCAGACGUUGAGGAGGGCUCGCUGUGUUUAUUAGCCGUAUUCAGUGGGACUAUAAUGACAGGCCAAAAAACAAAAGCCAGUUUGCUCUAAUGUCCCUCUUAUUCUUGACUUCCUGACAGUUCGUCUUUGACUGUUUCUGGUUUCUUUCUGAAAACAAAGUCAUCUGUUACUUUGAAUACAUGUUUCAAGUGUCUUAUGCACUUACUAUUGUUUCAUUUGACCUUCCUGUUGGGAGCCAAUGUUUGCACUGGGAGCAUUCUUUUACACCACGGUUACAAUCCAUUUUAUUCUAAAUGGUAUAUGGUUAUCAUAAAAUAAGAAUAUUUGUUGUUUCACCAAUAUAUCAACUGUUGAUCGAUAACUCUGUAGUCAGACUUGACUGUAACUUCUUUAGUGUGAAAAUGUGAGACGUUUUGAAACGUACUUUUAAGCACAUUUUUUUUUUUUAAUUCAUUCACAUUCAAUUUAGCAUUGUACUUCAAAUACGUGUGGGGGUCAGCGCCUAUGCAGAAACGGGUUUAAGGGAUUCUUUUUAGAAAUAUGCAGAUUCUGUAGUCUUCAUUAUUUCUAUUGCUUUUCUUUGAGGAGCCAAGUCAUUUACUGUAUCUCAUGCUGAACUAUGCAAAAUAAACCUGGGAAGAUGUUGUGUACAUAUGUGAGCUUCACAAAGUUCAGGGAUUGUUCUCCCUCUUUAAAAAUAAGGUAUGUGGUUACGUAAUGUUGUGAAAUAAGAAAUCUGAUAUUAAAUUUAACAUGCAAAUUGGACAAAACGGAGCAUGUUGUAUUGGGAACGGUUACUAUUGCCAAUGUAUUUCUGUCAGAACAGUACCAGUGUUCAAUUCUAGCAAUAAGGUUUUUGUGUCACACAUUAUUCUCUUUUCUAUGAGGGGUGCUGUUCAAGUUAUCGUGGAGAUAGAAAUGCUGAAAUAUGAGGCUGUGAUUUGUAACUCGGGGUGCACCAAUCAUUUUCUAACUUGCCGAUGUUCAAUAAUAUUUAAUACCAAGAUUUGGUCACAAUGCACAUUUAGAUUUUUUUUUAAUUGUUGCUUUGAAUGAUUGUAACUUCCAGUGUGUGCAUCAAUGGAUAUUUUCAUUCACUCAGGUUUACUUUUUCCUUCUGUAAGCUUAAGGGUACAGACUUUUUUAUCUCAGGCAAUUUGACCUGUCAUAGCAGGGGAAGCACAAUAGUACAUAUAGUUCAUUUAAGUGUCCCAGUAAGCCAGUGAUUCAAUGUGUAUGGUAACAUGGCUUAGGCCCUUAAAUGUAAUGCACCCAUAAUGUUAUUCAUUUGUUUUUCCGGCUACGCAUUUUGGUGCAUCCCUUGUGAAAAUCUAUAUAUUCAUGUUACAUUUCAAAACUUCAGAUUGUACACAGGACUUCAUUGUAUUUUAUUGUUACAUGCACAAAAUGAAAAUGAACGGUUUGGUUUUUUUGAACGUGUUUUCUCAUGUGGCAGUCUUUUCGGAAGUGGGUGAUAUGAGUCACAUUUUCAGCCUUUCUUUUUUUUUUUUUUUUUUUUUUUUUUUCAAAUGUGAAAGCAAGUGUUGAAAGAUGAAGCUCCAUUCAUUACAAUGGAAAGACAAUAUUCAGCAGUCCUCCUGCUCUGUAACAACUUCUGACACACUGGAUAAGAAAGAAAAAAAUCUGCCUUGAAAUAAAUCAAAGUUUAAAAU